AUGACCACUGGUACUCUGCUGAAAGGCGUGCGCCGGACACUCUCGACUAUGAAGCGUCCAAGAAACAUUCCUUUCAAUGAGAAAGGAGGAUCUACCAAUCAGGAUGGCAGAGGAACGAUACCCAACACACCAACGCAGCAAAGCGGAGGACAAAACCAGGGAGUGGAGGCCUGUAGCCUCAAGCGCCAGACCACAGCCCGACGAGAUAACCACUCUUGUGCAAACUCGGAGGUGCAGGUCCCAGCUAUCAGUGCACUCUAUCGGUCUGAGUUGGAGGAUUCAAGUGACGACACCAACAUUGCCGGAGGAGAGGAAGUGGAAUGUAUAAAUGAGCACUUGCGGGAAUGCUUUUGUCGUCGAUGUGAUGGUGAUUGCCGAAAUUGUUUGCAUAAAGAAGAGGGGAGUUGCUAA